GAGAGAGAGAGAGAGAGAGAGAGAGAGAGAGAGAGAGAGAGAGAGAGAGAGAGAGAGUGUGUGUGUGUGUGUGGUAUAUAACGUGCGGAUAGGGAGCGAGAAGUGGGAGGAGGCAGGUAAUCGUCAUCGGCAUCCCCCGCUUUCAACCCCUCCCUAACUACCUCCACCUCUCCACCUCAUAGCCCCCAGCUCUCCCGUCCACCUGUUGUUUCCACCACCCACCUACCUACCAACCAACCAACGCACCCACAACCACAAACAAGACAAAGCCACACCCUCCCUCCAUCGCGAUGUCCACCACCACGAUCACCACCACACCUCCGGCGGUGUCGCCUCCCGCCGUCAGCAGCGGCAGCGCACACCUCUCACCCGCCGCACUAGAGGAGCAGCACCAUCUGCGACACCUGCGGCACGCCCUGACGCUGGCGUGGCAAUGCACUCCGACUUCUUCCGCAUUCUGUGUCGGCGCUGUGCUGCUGUCGUCGUCGGGCACGGUUCUGUCGACGGGGUACUCGCGGGAGCUGCCCGACAACACGCACGCGGAGCAGGUGGCGCUGAUGAAGCUGGGGUCGCCGCCGCCCGAGGGUAGCGUGCUCUACACGACCAUGGAGCCGUGCGCGAAGCGCACCUCCGGCGACAAGAGCUGUGUCGAGCGCAUUGUCGAUGCCGGCGGUAUCGGAACUGUCGUCGUCGGCGUUAAGGAGCCGAAUACUUUCGUCCAGGGGAAUCAGGCGAAGGAGCUGCUUGAGGUGAAGGGAAUAAAAUAUUUGUAUGUGCCCGGGCUGGAGAGGGAGAUUCUUGUGGUAGCCGAGAGGAGCCAUAAGAAGGAGGAGUAGUGGGCGGUGGAUGCAGUGAUAUCAGAAUGUGCUCGGUUUUUGUUUUGUUUCCGCAGUUGAUUUUAUUUUUCUUAACGAGGGAUACUCGGGAUACUCGGGAUGGGUCUAUGAAUUUAAUGACCGAACUGAACUUAAGGAA